UUGGUGGGGCACUCCUCAGCAAGAUGGCUGCAUUGCUGCGCGCUACAGUGGCAUCCUGGUGAAAUGACGCACGCCACAGUUUACGCUGAGUCCUCGAGGCUAGUCUGAGCUGCUCUACAGUCUCCUCCUGCAGAUCCCGCCCGGAAGACCGACCGGCUACCCUCCAGUGGACCGAGCGGAACCGGUUCAUCUGAGUGAGAGUGCAAUGAAGAGAGCUUUCAGAGUGUGAGGCCAUGGGCUGCACCUCGGCCAAGCAGGUGUCGGCCGUGCCCAACGAUGAGGAGGGACGCGGCAAGGCCUACAGCAAUGGAGACCUGUUCAGCGAUGAAUACAAGAUGAAGGGAGUGGAGGAAGUGAAGUACAUGAGAGGGGAUGAAAACCGGGUGAAUGCACGCAACCAGGAGAACCUGGAGAAGAGUAAUGUGCAGCACAAGGGCAACAAGCAGAAAGAGGUUGCUGGAGCCAACAUCAAGUCAAAUAUUCACACGUCAGAGAGCCAGCAGGAAUUUUUCAGGAUGCUGGAUGAGAAGAUUGAAAAGGGACAAGACUACUGUUCGGAGGAGGAGGAAGAUGGGACAUAGCACAGAGGUCCCGACUUUUACCCCUACAGGGAGCCUCACAGAGUGUGUGAGUGUGUGUAUGUGUGUUUGUGAGUGAGUACAUGUGUGCGUAUGCGUGCCUGGUAGAAAGAGUUAAAAACAGUGUUUUAUCAAUGGGCACAAAUGUGACAGGACACUGUGUGUGUCGGUAUGAGCAUGUGUGUUUUUGAACGUAUGGCGAAGAUAGUAUUUUAAUAGAAAGUGAAAGAGCAGAAGAGAGAGAGAGAGAGAAAGAAAGAAAGAAAGAGAGAGAGUUGGAUUAAGGACACUUUUAUUGGAAUGUUCAGCCUUCCUUUUAAGCGUCCCAGCCCUCCAGGCUCCUGAGCGGACAGAUGGAGGUGGCAGAGCGAUAUAAGGAUGGACAGACGAGGGGGAGAUGGACGAUGGACUGGCAUAGAGCAGCAUAAAUGUGGAAAAAAGGACUAGCCACAGUCGCAAACAGAGUUAUUUCCUGAAGCAGGACAACAUCCCUCCAUCUGUCCCUCCGUAUCUGUCCCUCCAUUUUCCAAUUGUGAACAUUACCCCCUUCUAUUGGGCAGCGAAAUGUCCUAACACUGAGGCCCAGGAAGAGCAAAAGUCUUUGUGCGAUGGGAGUUGGAUUAAGAGACACGCAAGUGAAGAAGAAAGGAAGCCCCUCGGGGCAGAGGAGUUACCUUCAUCACCAGGAUCCACACUGAACUUUUUGGCCCGCCUACCUAUAGCCAUGGAAGAAGAAAUGUGUGUGUGUGAGGAGAGGAAAUUUGUGAUAUUUUAAUAAGAGAAUAUAGAGCAAGCAGGUGGUUUAGAAACUCUAAAACUCCUCCUGCCUUCUGAAGUCAAGGACCUUUAUUUUUUAAACUCUGCAAUCACUCAUUCAGUUGUUUGCCUCUUUUCUGAUGUUCUUCAGUUUGUUUUUACUCUUGGCUUCCUUCUUAAUGUAUCUUCAUCAAAGUCAUUAUCAUCCUCACUGCGGCGGGCAGACUGACGCUGCGUGAGGUCAGAGCAUCUGUGUCUCAACUCCAUUCAUCCUCCUUCAGAUACACACACACACACACACACACACACACACACCUCUUUCUAAUGUACAUUUGAAUCACGCUCUCAUUUCAGCAUUACCUUCAACACGACAUACACACAAACAUAAACAUCAUAGUAUCUCUCGCAUUUCACCAGCAGACUGUCAUGUGCAGAGGUGUUCUGUAAGGCUUUAUAUCUGCUUUGUUCAAUGUUCACACACAUGCACAAAUACACACACAUGCUCGGGCACUGAAGCAGCAAACAGUGCUGAGCUCAAGAGGAGGAUGCGUGGCUGCUGUGUAGACACAGACGUGAUCACAUUUUUGUUGCCAUCUUUGUUGGAUACUUCCUGUUGUAUUAUUUGGAAUACUUUUUUUCUAUUAAAAUUAAAAACAAAGAAGCUCUUA